UUGCUAAGUGCCAUUUGCAAAGAACAUUUUUUUUCUUUCAGUUAAGUCAGAAAUAUUCUACUAAAUGGACUCGACCUACAGAAAUCUGGCACUCCUUUGCCUUUGCCUAUGUGCCGGCUACGCUUUGGUUGUUCAGGGCGUGGCAGCUGAAAAGGAGAUACCGGCGACCAACUUGGUUGCAGCUCCGAAGAUGACUUUCCUCUAUUGCUACUCGUGCGGGUACAGAAAGGCCUUCGAAGACUAUGCUAAUCUUGUGAUCGAGAAGUAUCCGUACGUGGAGAUCGAUGGCGCAAACUACGACCCGCCCGGUAUGAACUAUAUACUCUCCAAGCUAAUUUUCGCGCUCAAAAUUAUCAUCAUUGUGUCGGUAAUUGGCUCGUUUAGUCCCUUUACUUUCCUGGGCAUGAAUACGCCAACUUGGUGGAAUCAUCUGCAGACAAAUAAGAUCUAUGCCUGUAUGAUGAUAUUUUUCCUUGGCAAUAUGAUUGAGAGUCAGCUCAUUUCAUCGGGCGCGUUUGAGAUUACACUGAACGAUGUGCCUGUUUGGUCAAAGUUACAAACGGGACGAAUUCCCGCACCUCAGGAGCUGAUGCAAAUAAUAGACAAUCAGUUGCAGUUCUCGAACAAGGUGCAAGAGAAUCCGGACUUUGUUAAAUAAUAGUAGAGUAUUCUUUAACUCGGUGUAGAUGUAAAUGUGGCUGUCAGGCACUGAAGCAAACGGCGACAGCAACAAGCAUAAUAAUAACAGCAACAACAACACUUAUAGCACUCUCUAAACACGGAGUACUCGCCACGUUAUGAUUCAAAUUUGACUUAAACUAUGUGCUGGAAACUGUGCAGUCUCGGUUCCGUUUCCUUAUUAAAUUUUCACAUUCUCAGACAUUCAUUUACAAACGAAUAUUGUGUAUCGACUAAACUGUGUUUAUGAACAUUAUUGUUUAGCUUUUGUAUGGCCUCAAAGCAGUCAUAAUUAAACAAUUUAAAUUAGUGUU